GGUUUGAGAUGUCUCGUAGAAAAGAAAUACAAAUAUAAAUAAAAUGAAAAUGUUGCAAAUCCUAAAGCAGUGUUCCAGUUUCCUGUGAUAUUCAGUGGGUACAGCGGCCGCCUCCGACACCCAUUGAAAGCUCUCUCACUCUCUCAACAAUGGCGGCUCUAGCUCCCUGCCGAACCACCUUCUUCUUCUCCGCCGCCUCUCCUCACCCUAAACCAGCUCGCAUCUCCAGAGUUGUUCGUAUGGCGUAUCAGGAGAACGCGCCCUCUCUCGCCGUCGUCGGCGUCACCGGCGCUGUCGGUCAGGAAUUUCUCUCCGUCCUCUCCGAUCGCGGAUUCCCCUAUCGCUCCAUUAAGAUGCUGGCCUCGAAGCGCUCAGCUGGAAAAUCCGUUCUGUUUCAUGGGGAAGAGCAUAUUGUUGAGGAGCUCACCGCGGAUAGCUUCGACGGCGUGGACAUUGCUCUCUUCAGCGCUGGAGGAUCCAUCAGCAAGCAGUUCGGACCUCUCGCCGUCAAGAAGGGGACGAUUGUGGUCGACAAUAGCUCCGCAUUUCGGAUGGACGAGGAGGUGCCUCUUGUGAUUCCCGAGGUUAAUCCCGAAGCUAUGAAGGGGAUUAAGGUUGGGAUGGGCAAGGGCGCGUUGAUUGCUAACCCUAAUUGCUCCACCAUCAUCUGCUUGAUGGCUGUCACUCCUCUGCAUCGUCACUCUAAGGUGGUGCGCAUGGUUGUUAGUACAUAUCAAGCAGCCAGUGGUGCUGGUGCUGCAGCAAUGGAAGAGCUUGUGCAGCAAACUCGUGAGGUCCUGGAAGGAAAGCCACCAACUUGUAAUAUAUUUAGGGAUCAGUAUGCUUUCAAUUUGUUCUCCCACAAUGCAUCUGUUCUUUCAAAUGGAUACAAUGAAGAGGAAAUGAAAUUAGUAAAAGAGACUCGCAAAAUAUGGAGUGAUCCAAAUGUUAAGGUUACUGCGACUUGUAUACGAGUUCCCGUCAUGCGUGCACAUGCUGAGAGUGUAAAUCUUCAAUUUGAGAAUCCCCUUGAUGAGGACGCAGCCAGGGAGAUCCUGAAAAAUGCUCCUGGAGUGGUCAUUAUCGACGACCGGGCUGCCAACCAGUUUCCGACGCCACUGAAAGUAUCAAACAAGGAUGACAUUGCAGUUGGGAGGAUUCGACGGGAUGUCUCACUAGAAGGAAAUAAAGGGUUGGAUAUCUUUGUCUGUGGCGAUCAAAUUCGCAAGGGUGCUGCACUUAAUGCUGUUCAGAUCGCCGAGUUGUUACUGUAGUCCAUCCCAUCCAUUGCAGACAAUCGGUAUGUUGCAAGACGAAGUCUUUGUUGUUACCAUUCAUGAUAUCAUAGGAUGUCUCUUGAGGCGAAAAUUCCUCUCUCGAUCAUGGUAUCCAUAACUUAGAUCAAAUUUUGCAGGACAAUCGGUUAUUAAGCUUAUGAGUUUGCAUUUAGAUCUCUUGCUUGAAGGAAAAUUUUGGAAAUGAUGCUGUAAGUUAUUUACAAUGAGCCAGUUUGAUGCUUUGUUUUGAAUUUGUUGGUAAUAGUUUGUGUUAAACAUGGAUGCAAAUUCCAUUUAAUUUAGCUGUUCAUUAGGUGAGAGAGCAAUAUGCCUAAUUUUAGGGAGUUUUGUUCAACUAAUCUUAAGUUUUGGGUAUUAAAUGUUUCUCUCUA